UCCUUCCGGUCCGCAGCGUGCCACUUCCGUUCUUCCCUCCUUCCUGCCUUGCUCCACCGCCGGGAAAAGGAUGUUCGAGGAGGGCGAGUGGGACGAGGCCGGGACCUCGGUGGGGACGACGGCGCCCUGGGGACCCCCUAAGAGGGCGGGCAAGGCCCCCCCAGCCCCGAGCGGCUCCCACCAGCGCCUCCGCCUCCUGGCCACGCUUCGUCGCCUGGAAGGCUUGGGGGGUGUCCAGAAGGCCCUGCUUAGCCCCACCUCCUCUGGGUCAGAAGGGGAAGAGGAUGAGGAAGGCAGUGGGGAGGAAGAGGAGAAGCCCCUGCGGAAGCGGAGGAAGAGGAAGCCCAGGAGGACGCGGCAGCGGGAGGAGCAGCCCUGCCUCCCCUCGGGAGCCGAGAAGAAGGGGGACCACCAGCAGAAGCAGCUGGGCAACAAUGGUGAGGCAGCACCUUUGGAGCCCAGAACCGAGCCCUUCACCUGCAGGAAGACCCCUGGGAGCGAGGAGGGGACCGCAAAGGAGGAGCCGAAAGGGCCGCUACUGAAUAGGAAGCAGUGGAGGAACCGCCAGAAGAACAAGCGUCGGCAGAAGAACAAGUACAAGAGCCCCGGGGACGCCUCUGCCGCAGGGGCCCCCCCAGCGGACGUAGCCCAGCCCCCAGACCCAGGAGAGCCCCUUGGCAGCCCAGGAAGGGGGGCAGAAGGGGAGGCUGUGGUGGCGCUCCCAGAGGCCGAAGGGGGGCGGGGGGCGUCCCUGCGGCUGCGCAUGGAGGAGCGCCUGGAGGCCGCGCGCUUCCGCUUCCUCAACCAGCAGCUGUACUGCCGGCCCAGCCAGGAAGCGGGGCAGCUCUUCAAGGAGGACCCCCAGGCCUUCGCCAUCUACCACCGGGGAUUUGCCCGGCAGAUGGACCGCUGGCCGGAAAAGCCUGUCCAGCGCAUUGUGCGCUACCUGCGCCACAGGCCGGCUUCUCUGGUGGUGGCCGACUUUGGCUGUGGCGACUGCACUCUUGCGCGCAGCGUCCGGAACCAGGUGCACUGCUUCGACCUGGAGGCGCUGGACCCGCGUGUCACCGUCUGCGACAUGAGCCAGGUCCCUCUGGAAGACGAGUCGGUGGACGUGGCCGUCUUCUGCUUGGCCCUCAUGGGGACCAACGUGCAAGAGAUCCUGGCGGAGGCCAGCCGAGUGCUGCGCAUCGGGGGGACGUUGCUGGUGGCGGAGGUGGCCAGCCGCUUCUCGGAUGUGCGGGCCUUCGUGGGGGCCGUGUCCGCACUGGGCUUCUCCCUCCGCGCCAAGGACGUUUCCGGGAGCCACUUCUUCUCCUUCGAGUUCUGCAAAGCCAAGCCUCUUCCGGCCAAGGCGAAGGCGCUUCCGGGUCUGGCGCUCCGCCCCUGCCUCUACAAGCGGAGAUGACGUCACGCGGGGCAGGAUGGGCGGGCUCUUUCCCUCGCUCCACCAAUGUGCGUCCGGGGGCGGGGCUUCCUCCCUCGUCUCCACCAAUAAAACGCUUUGUGUUGU